GUGGUAUUUACAACAUUUCUAGCAUGUAUGACGGGGUUUUGACAAGUGGAUAGGUGUGUUUAUGUUACAAGGGUGUAUAUUUAAGCAUGGGCACCUCCCUUUCUUCACCCCGGAGCUCGCAGUCUCAUCGCCCAUCGACUUAGAAGAAAUUGUGAGGCCAGCGUGGAGAAAUACACCCUUGUGACAUAAACACGCCUGUCUGCCUGUCAAAACCCCGUCGUACGUUCUAGAAAUAUUGUAAUUACCACCACAUUUUGGGGAGGUGGUGGCUGAACGGAUAGCGAGAUGGCCCCGUGUUCAGGAGGAUGCGAGGUCAAUCCCCGACCGGUGCCACCAAGCUGGGAUUUUUCAGCCGCCGCCGAGUGGGAAGAAGCCUACCAGCCCAAUAGGCCAAGACGUAAAAAAAAUAAACCACUAUGCCCUAAAUGCACACCCACCAGGAGCCACUAUUUUUAAGAGUUACCCUGGUUAGGACUGCUCUGAUUAUAAUAAUGGGGGGUUGAGGUGGGUGACGCCCCCAGUGGUGAUAGUGGGUUAGGUUCGUUAAGUUCAAUGUUUACCACCAAGAUGGGUGAUACGCUUGACACUGUUUUCCAAGCCACAGUGAGACAGGUAAACUCAUUAAUUAACACAGGUCAUAGGUUAACAUUUUUGCUAAUUUCCUCCCUUCCCUAGGCCGGAGGUGAGCCAUGGGGGCGUCAGAGGCAGCGGCGGUCCAGGUUCUGACGCGCGCCGUUCAGCUUGACUCUGAGAAGAAGUACGGCGAGGCGCUGGCGUGUUACGAGCAGGGCAUAAGGCUACUGCUGCAGGCCGCCAAGGAUGUACGCGACGACUCCAAGCGCACACACUUCCGCAAGAAGACCGAGGAAUACCUGGCGCGCGCGGAGAAGGUGAAGGAAGCGGCGGCGAGUGAGAAGGCCAACGCAUGCACGCACAAACAGAUCCAAAUAGCGGACGGGGCGACGGGUUACAGCUAUGAGGUCGUAAUUGGUCCGCUCAUAACGCCGACCCUUACUGAGGUGGUCGUGGAGGACGCGUACAUAAGGUCAACCCAUCAGGUAUAUAAUUUCCUCCACCUGUGUGAGUUGCUGGUGAGGAAAGCGGAGAAACUUUCCUCCAUCUCUCUCAUUACCUCCUCCGACCCCUCAGACCCUGGCACCCAGCGAGAGAGGUUGGAUGAGCUGCGGAGGUCCCUUGCUGGCCACAACGUCUCCCUGGACAUCACUUUUUCCGACACCAUCCACGACAGAGAGAUCAGGUUCAACAAUGGGUGGACCGUCAAGAUAGGCCGCGGUCUGGACUACUUCAAGCGGGCGGACUCUCGCUUUGCCAUUGGCUGGGCGGACUUUGACCUCAGGAAGUGCCACCAGACCACGGUUGACCUAUACUACCGACCGCCACCAAAGCCGAACCAACCGACUCAACCAUAGCUGUGACCUGACCUAACAACUGCUACUCUUACUACUACUACUACUACUACUACUACUACUACUACUACUACUACUACUGUUACUACCACAAUCAGGACAGGAAUUCAAACAACAACAGAUAGAUUUCGUCGAUAUAUUAAUACGCAACAUAAUCACAUAUCUACACACACACACACACACACACACCUAUACAUUCAUCACUGUACACACAUACAUACACACAUACAUACAUACAUACAUACAUACACAAGGUUCACACACAUGUAUUCCUUAAGUAUAAAUAUUUUUCUAUACUCUCUAAGUUUUUUAUUUAAAUGAGAAAAGAAAAAGAAAUUGUAAAAUUGUUAAUAAAUUCUUUGAUAUAAUAUUACUACUGGAAUUUAUUUAUCUUUACUUAAUGCUAUAGAUCUGUGUGUGUGUGUGUGUGUGUGUCAGCUAUAUAUGCAAGAAUGUGUGUGUGUGUGUGUGUGUGUGUGUGUGUGUGUGUGUGUAUGCAAAAAUGUGUGUGUGUGUGUGUGUGUGUGUGUGUGUGUAUAUGCAAAAAUGUGUGUGUGUGUGUGUGUGUGUAUGGAAAAAUGUGUGUGUGUGUGUGUGUGUGUGUGUGUGUGUGUGUGCGCAUAGGAAUGAAGAUCUAGUACAUACAGUAAACCCUCUUUAAAUCGGACCUCCAUAUUUAGGAUAUCGGCUAAAUCGGACUCUCUCAAGGCUCUGGACACAUUGAAGCCAGACCAGAAUCCGAGAUACAUGCAGUGUGUGUGUCAGGAUGGAUGUUGUGAAUCAGCUGACCUGAAUAUAUUUUUUUUACAGCUACGGAGACAGUGCAAGGACGUAAUGGGGGGGGGAAAAAAAAAAAAAAAGCCCGCAAGGAAUUUGGUAGGGAUGGUGGGUUAGGAGGGGGACUAUAGGAGUGGAAGGAAGUGACUCUGAGGAGGAGGAGGAGGAGGAGGAGGAGGUGUAGACAGCCUGACUUAGCUAUGCAUUGUUUUAAUUAGGUUAUUUUGGAUUCUCGGCUGUUUUGGAUAAGGUCUGAUUUAUAAAGGGCUUACCGUACAUAUAUACAUACAUACAUACACAAUUAUGAGGUAGAUAUGUAUACAUGCACACACACACACACACACACACACACAGGAAGAGGAGGAGGAGGAGGAAGGAAGAAGAGAGAUAAGGAAGUGAAAGAAGAAGAAGAGAGAGGAGGAAGAAACUAAGAUGAAAAAAAGAAGGAAAAAGAAGAGGAAGAAAAAGAAGAAAUUAAGAAAACACACACACACACACACACACACACACACACACACACACACACACACACACACACAAUAAAUACAUACAUAACUCACCCCUACAUACACACACAACCCAAUAUAGUGCUAAGCCACCUAAUACUAAUACUACUACCACCAUAAGGGUCAACCAACUAUGCCAUUACUGAGGGACUGUCAACCAUGGCUCCCACUGACUAGGGGGGAAAGGGGGAGGGGAGGAGGGGGGGUAGAAAGCACUAUGCUGGUUCUAUGGGGGUGGCGGGGGGGUGGGGGGUGGGAUGGAGGAAAGCGCUAUAUUGCUAUCAAGGAAGAAUUUAUUAUAUGGAAAAGGAGGAGGAGGAGGAGGAGGAGUUUAUAGGGAAGAGGAGGAGAUGGAAGACUAUAUAUGGAAGAGGAGGAGGAGGAGGAGGAAGAGGAAUUUACAGGGAAGAGGAGAAGGAGGAGGAGGAAGAGAUGAAAGAAAAAGAGGAGGAGGAGGAG